GUGUUUAGGGUCAAUACUGCAAGGUCAUGUACUGUACAUAAUUAUGUCAUGUACAUAUAAUUAUAGCCUGGAUCCCAGGGUAGGCCGGUGAACGAGGCUAGUACAUAUAACCCUUUUGUUUGUAGUUAGUGUGCUUUAGUAACCAUUAAAGAUCUAACGUACUCUAAUUCUUUAGGGGAGGGGUAGUUAAACACAUUAUUUUAAACAGCCAUAACUUUAGUACCGUUUAUAGAGACUUUAAAAUGAUGUGCUUAAUUCAAUCCAAUAUUUCUUUAGUGUAAUUGUUCGGCCCUGGACCAUCUGUUAUUAUCCAUUGUUGUGUCCAAAUUAGUUUUGUAGUUAGAAAUAAUUUGAACUUUGAUGGCAACAUUAAUUUUGAUAGAAUAUCAGAAAAUCGUUGAAAUUGCCAAAAUCGUACUAUAGUAGUCAGAAGAGCAAAAUGUAACCCACGUAUGUGAUAACGUUAGAAUCUUUCUCUUUUCCAUUUUGAGGAUGUUCUUUCUUUGCAGCUAAUUUUAAUACCAUGACGAUUGUGUUUAAGCUCAUGUGAUUCCCAUAUCUGGGUAUCAUCUUAAGUUUAGGUAUUAUGUGGCUUGUAGCUACAUGUACAAUCAGUGUAAGAUCUAACCUUGGUUCUGACACACACUGUGGAUUCGCUAAUUACAUGUGUGUGUGUGUGUUUAGAAAAGGGGUAUGUAUAAAAUCUAACCUUGGUUGGAUUUGCCAUUAGAAGUCAAAAUGAUGCUAUAAAUAAUUAAAAGUCUAAGUUUGACCUUCAUAAAGUUGUCAUUGUAUCUAAUAGUCGACUUUAGGUAAUCUGUGUAAGAGCGUGCGAGUGGUUGUAGUACGUGAUCCAUGAAGUGGGCAGAAGGGGAGAGAAUGGAAUUAGAAUGGGAAAUUAUUGGUCGUACCGGGGUAGUGUCGUACAUAUUUUGUGGAUUUUAGGUAUUCCGUAGAACUUGGGAGUUGUGAAGACAACUUGAGACUUCAGUUCUUUGUUUUUUAAGUUUAGCGAGGGCAUAUCGUGCGUUUGUUAAGGUUGGAUGUUGUUUGGUUAAAUAUGAGUAGUUUUUGUCCAAUUCUGUUUGAGUGUAAGUUAUAUAAUUCGAUUUCAGUUCAUUCGUCUGUAGAUAUAAUAAUAAUUUAUUAUGGUCUAUCUGUAAGGGAUUGUUCACGUUGUUCUCUCUUUGAACACUAUUUACCUGUAUGCCAAACUAACGUGCUGAAAAUAAGUAAACGGCCUGGUUGGACAAAUGGUAGCCUAGGGACUCGGCUAAUUAGAGUGAGUUUAGGUCUCUCAAGUAUUUACACACAAUAUGUUGGGAGUUACUGCAUUUGCUUUCAAAUUGUCCAUUCUAUUAACCAACUCUGUUUUAGAGCUUCUCUUGAAGGCUGGGUUUCAGUUGCACCAACUCUUAAUCAAUGUGUGUAUUCUCAAUCCCUCUCAAUAAUGAUGUUUGUUCCUUGUACACAAGUGGUCUCAGGCUGCUUGUAUGGGAAUUGGGUUGUGAUGGACAAUGAGCACUUGGAAAUAAUUGCCUAGUGUUGAUUGUUUCAUCUCUGUCUCGCUGGGUAUCUCCUGGUGCGUUGUUGAGCUUGUAUAUAUUACUCAUCCCUUCAACACUGGAUUAUUGUCAUUAGCAAGACAAGUUUUGAUACGUAAAUAUCCUGACCACAAGAGAAGGCCGGUGGUGUAAGUGGGUGGGGCAAUGGAGUCCACUCAACCAUGCAUCUCAUGGACCCAAUUAAGAGUGUUCUAACAUAAUUAUACACAUAGAGAUUAUCAUCCGUAUGUAUGUAUGUAUGUAUGUAUGCUGAUUUUUGUAUUAUGAUGAAUUUGAAUACAUUUUGUGAUCUUGUGUGUGUGCAUUGGGUGCAUGAUGUGAGAUCAAUUUCAACAUGGUAUGGAGUGGUGUUAACAUGGAGGGUGACAUUGUAUGAGUGUGUGUUGUCUGUAUCUCAGGCAACUGGUCAGAGGACUAGCAAUAGAGUGGGUGUAGAAUGGUGCUAGGCAAUAUAUAGCCACAAGUAUGUGUGUACCAUUAUGGUCUAACCAUAAUCAAUACUUUGAUCCUAUGAAUAUUGUUGUGCAUGCAUCACCUGACCUGUCACUGUGAGAGCUGUGAGUCUAUAGCUGCUUUUGCCAAGCUUUGAGCUUUUCUUUCUACUACUAAACACUUUUCUAAAGUUUUGUGUCAAUGGCUGAGAGGCCGAGUGCUGCUCAAGAAGCUCUCUCCAAAGUGGAGGACCAGCUGUCAUGCCUAGUCUGUCUGGAGCCCUACACCAACCCUCGACUGCUCUCCUGUUUCCACGUCUACUGUCAACAUUGUCUCGAGGAUAUAGUUGCCCACAAUCGACAAGGCCAGCUGGAAUGCCCCAAGUGUCGCCGGCCCACCCCCCUACCCCCCACUGGUGUGAGUGGCCUCCAGGCUGCCUUCAAUAUACACCAUCUCUUUCACAUCCAGGAGACACUCAAGAAGGUUAAAGAGCCUCAGAAAUUGGCCUGUGAGAAAUGCUCCAAAACGACUCGUAAAGCCACCAGCUUUUGCCGACAAUGCACCAAGUUCAUCUGCGAUCUGUGUACGAACAUACACAAAGAAUACGAAGAGUUCGAAGGUCACGAAGUCGUUACUAUCGAAAAAGUGGAAAGUGAUUUGAUUCGCUUGGUUUCCCCAAAGAAAACAUCCCCUCUCUGCCCCAAACACGACGACAAAUUGAGACUUUAUUGCGAAACUUGUGGGGAGUUAAUUUGCCGAGAUUGCCUUGUUCAUAUACACAAAGACCACAAGUACUGUGUGAUUGCCGACACCUUUGAGAGCCACAAGAAAGAGAUCCUGGACUCUCUGGGACCCGUUGAGAAACAGCUAGAGGCCACCGACACAGCUCUUGUCAAUCUGGAUGGACGACAUGCCGAAAUUGUUGAACACGGAGGAAAAAUUGCGACCAAUAUCCACUCGAAAUUCGAUGAACUCCAUCAAGCUCUGUAUGCUCGUGAGGGGGAGCUUAUGGCCGAGUUGAAAGGCCACACCCAACAACAGCUCAAGAGCCUCUCUGCUCAGCGAGAAGAGGUGGAUAUCCUCCAAACCCAACGUAGCAGCUGCCUGCAUUUCGUGAGGGAGAGCAUUCGUACCGGGUCUCCAGGAGACGUGCUCAAGAUGAAGCAAGGUGUGGUGAAGCAAGUGAGAGAGCUGGUGGACACCUUUGACCCCAACACCCUAGAGCCUCGUGAGACAACCAACACCUGUUUUGUGCCUUCUGUCAAAGAUUGCAAAGAAUUUGGAUCCAUUGGCAUACCAUCAGUAACUGUCACCCCUACAAAAAGACUCGACAAAACCGGAGUACAAGAAGCUGCCAGUCUUCGAUUUUCAAACACAAAUCGUGACCUAAUCCAAAUUCCAUCCUCAACCAUUAAAGCCGAACUUAAGUCAAAAUUAACGAAUCAGACGACAAAAUGUGUUGUGAAGGAACGAGGGAAGGGAGAGUACGAGAUCUCCUACCAGCGGACAGUGGGCGGGGCCAGCGAGCUGAUCGUGAGAGUGGGUGGAGAGGAGGUGGCAGGAAGUCCAUUCCCUGUGGCAGUCAAGACUCCGAUUGAUAAACUAGGAACUGUUAUCAAGACUAUCAAUAAUCUCAAGGAACCUUGGGGAGUGGCAUUCAACCAAGCUGGGGAGAUAAUUGUGGCUGAAUGGGAUGUUGGUAUUGUCUCGAUAUUUAGCCCCACAGGAGACAAGCUGCGAACAUUAGACACUCGAGGCACAGCUGUUGGGGAGAUGAAGCAUCCUCGUGUUGUGGCAGUGGACGGUGAUGACAAUAUUCUGGUGGUGGACGGUGGUAAUCAUCGACUGUUGAAGUUUUCACGUGGAGGAGACCUGAUAGCAGCAGUUGGUAGUCAUGGCGAUGGUCCUGGACAGUUUAAUGAUCCAUUUGGUGUUUGUGUCAACAGUGUCAAUGGGAAGGUGUAUGUGGUUGAUCAUGGUGCUCACUGUGUUCACAUCUUCAAUUCUGACCUCACCUUGUCCAGCAAGUUCGGCAGUAGAGGCAGAAGUAACGGACAGUUUGACUAUCCCUGGGAUGUUGCAUCCGAUAGUGGUUGUGUGUAUGUGGCUGAUGCUGGUAAUAAUCGAGUGCAAGUCUUCACACCCGAUGGUGGCUAUCUGAGGCAAUUUAAGAAGAAAGGCAGUGGAAAUGGACAACUUUACUGGCCUAUCAGCAUCUGUGUGGACAGUGAUUAUCUGGUGUGUGUGGGGGAGCGUGGGAACAAUCGUGUCUCGGUGUUCACGUGUGAGGGAGUGUUUCUCAAAUCGUUUGGAUCAGAGGGAUCUGGACCAGGACAGUUCUACGGUCCUUAUGGCAUAGCAGUAGACCAGUGUGGUGUGGUGUAUGUGUCUGAUAGUGACAACAAUAGAGUGCAAAUAUUUUGCUAGUUAAUUUUUAUUACUAAAUUUGGUUAAGUAUUGUAACAUUGCUAAUGAAUAAUUAUUGAAAUUGAAAAACCAGUGAAUUCUUUGCCCAUGCUGUCCCUGUGUACGUGUGUAUUGAGUCUCUCCUGUUAUAGUCGUACCUUUAGUAUCGUACCUCACCCCACCCCCCCUCCGCUGCAUGGUCUCCAUGGUGACAUGGUGCUGUUGGCGGGCGUCAACACUGCAUGGUACGGCCAAGGUCAAGGUCCAUCUGAGGGAGAGGGGGUAAAGCCUGAUAUCAUCAAGCUAUUAUUACUGAUUCACUCCGUAUCCUAGGAGAUUUCAGGUGAAUAUGAGCCAUAUUUUACUUCCCCCAGGGAAGUAUGGAAUAUGGCUCAUAUUUUUACUUCCUACAAGCCUAGUUGUUCGCCUAACAGUUAUAAAAGCGAAAACUCGGCCUGGGAUCGAGGCUAGCUAUAAGCACUAUUCAACUUUUGAAUCAUCUUGACAAUUUGUACACAGUAAAAUAGCAAUACAGCACGCAAAAAGUUUUUGUAGACUAUGUUUCUAGUCAUGGCUGUGGCUGUACGUAGAGGAAUACAGUGCAGUGUUGGUAGACUUGUGCAAUGCAGGCAGCUGCUGAUAUUGGUGGGCGGGUCUGGUCAAAGUUUAUGGCUUCCAGUAGAACCUAGCUGCUUGGAGAAGUAGCUCGCUCUCAUACAGCAUUACUUGACAGCUGUAACUGUUCUAACUGCAUAUUCUGAGGCACAAGUGGCUGUGAGAGCAAGCUUGACUGUCUCCAUUGAUGUUCAAAUGACUGUUUUGCUGUUUUUGCAGUAAAUAAAUCAGUUGUUGACUGGUUGCCUAGUAAUUAUGGUUUAUAAACAACCUCAGCCUCGGGCUAUAUGCCCUCGGCAUUGGUUGGUUAUAAGCCAUAAUUACUAGUCAACCAGUCAAUAACUAUAACUUAGUCAUUGAGAACAUGAUGCUACAACCCUCCAUGGAUGUGUACAUUCUGCCACUGCCACCCACAGAGGUCAAGGGUCACCGGACGUACUGGAAGCCAUCCUACAAGACAUCAAAUCUCUUGUGCCGAACCUGUUUCCAAGACGAUACGACCAGUGAUUGGUCAUAUGCCAGACUGUCCUCUAUUGACUCAGACCAACAAUCACAAUAUUCAGUUUCCUGUUCGGAGUGGAUGACUUUUGAACCUUGAAAUAACGUUGUAUGACAAUGUGGGUAGGACGUAUUGCUGCAAUGGACGUGGUGAUCGUCCAAUCAGAAUGCUCUACCCACCCCCCAGACCUCCUCACUACAACACAAGGACUACUAUAGGGCCAGAUUCUCCCGGAGUCGAUUAACUUUCUCUCCUGCUUCAAAAUCCACCAGAGCUGAUGCCUAACAAAAUACUGCUCUUCAAUCACCCUCUAAACAAGGGCGCACUCACUAUAACCCACGGCUCUGUCAUUGAGUUACUUGACUGUUUACAGCACCCAGACACUGGUGAGGUUCAUGACCUCCCGACCCUCAUAACCAAGCACCAGGUGGUGGAGAUCAACGACCCAGUACAAGUGACCCCCCAAACACCUCGUCAUUCUCUGGGACCCCCAAACAGAGUUCAAAUACAAGCACCAAUUGAAUGUGAGUGUGCUAGCUAGCUUGUUGAGAGCUAAACCUGUGUAGGGUACCAGCUACAUAGGCUUGUAUAUGGCUUGUAAUACCGUAUAGCGGGUAAUUUCCGUAAGGUGAAAAUUUGUUCAACUCGAAAGCGGUGAUUUUCGUUUGUCUGCAACCUACUGGUUUUACUAGAUAUGAACAAUUAUAGGGAUCUCCUUUAUUAAUUUUGUUUUAGAUACAGCGACUUUUCGAUUGCGAAUUGCGAACAUCCUAGCAAUCUAGUCGAAAGUAACGAUUUAGAUUGGCAUAUGCAAUUGCCGUACUUUGAAUGCAAUAAUUAUUAUUGUUACAACGCAAUCAAGCUUGUACAGUGUCAUUCACAAUCCAUUAACCUCUCAUUGGAUAGUACUGUCCCUAUUCCUGUGUUGUACACUACUGUCUAUUUAAUUGUAGAUUGUGGUACAUGUGAUCAAUUUUCUGAACCAAUUUUCCCUCCCCCCACAGUCUCGUGCAUGGACAAAGAUGAUGUGUACAGUUUUGGAGUGCUUGCUUGUGAAGUGGUGAAUGCUAGAUUUCCUGAAGCUGCUGUAUUUCUUGGUCUGCUAUCGAGUAUGGAAGGUGUAUGGCGGGAGCUCCACCCACUCAUCACCUCCUGUGUCUCUCACUCCCCUCAGGACAGACCCUCCAUGGACACUGUACUACACCACAUCAAACAAUUGGACUCUGAGUCUUAGCAUUGGUG